AAUCAGUGUUGCCUCAGUUUCAUAUGUCGUUCGAAUAUUAAAUACCUCAUUUAUUUUCAACCAUUACACAUAUUCGGAAGCUUAUCAGUUUUGAGUCGCAUCCAAAUCACGCAUAAAACACUUAAUUUAGUGCAACCAAAGGCAAAAAAAAAAGCGAGUGUUAAAUUCACAAAUUUGAUCAUAAUGUCAAGUCGUAGUCUUUCAGUGUUUAAGAGAUCGUUGCUCCGACGAAAGUGUGAGCUGCCCCAGCAGAAGGUGCCCAAGUCGCAAACUGUCAUUAAGAAGCACAUUGUCCAGCAGCGCCGUGAGCCCAAUCCAGAGUAUCAUCAUGCACCGUCGACCUAUGUGAAGAAUUUUAAGAAUUACCAACAGCAAAUCAAAAAGGAGAACACAAAUUUCGCGCACUGGAAUGCGCGUUAUCGUUGGGCCGAUUUUCGCAGACGCAUGAUAUAUGGUACACAUGAUAUUUAAAUGAUAAGGGUAGACUCUGAAGUUUGCAAACUUAUAGAGUAUAAGACACUCAAUAUCCUUGAACUAUAAGAGAGGAACAAAAGUCUAAAGCGUGCUCACCUACUUAAUUCCUGAAAAAAAAAUAUAUAUAUAUAUACAGUAAACAAAUUUGAAAUAAGUAACCAACUCAGUGAACAGAGAACAGUAGUACUAUGCAUUGAAGAAUAUUUAGUAAUAGCUCGAAUAAACAACUGCAAAAACAAAUUCAUUAAGUUUCAUUUCAUGAGCUAAAUUUCAACGUGAUCAAAAUAUAUACUAUAUAGAUUUAUGAAAGUUUUAAACAUCAAAUGAAAAAUAUAUACAUACAGUCAAUUUAUAGUAUGUCAUGAUAAAUGUAGAGACAGCAACAGUUUCGUAAAGUUAGUCAUACAAUUGUGUUCGAUUCUCAGAGUUUUUUCGGCAAACCAUAAAUUCCAAAUUCCGAUUUACUGUGACCACAACAGAAAAUGGCCGUGAUUCGUCGCAACUACUCAAAUGUAAUACGAAAGGCAACCUCGUCACUUUGCGCAUGUGGGCAGAAUGUCAGCUUGUUUGAGGCUAAUGUGAAGCAGGAAGCCGAAUCGAUACGCAAAAUGCACAGUAAUUCAGCAAUUAGAAAGUGGAUGCUCAACAAGCUGCCCCCAGUGAAAUAUGUCAAUAGCCACAGGGUGGCUAAGCGCAGGGACGCAUGGCACAGGCAUCCGCUGAACAAUGAAUUCAGGUCGAAGGACGCGAAAUAUCGCUGGGCCGAGUUCAGGCGAAGGCUGAUUCUGGGAAAGUAUGCAAUGUAAUGCGAGUGUGCUCUUUUGUCUGGAGCACAAUUUGAUGGGAGUCUGCAAAAGGUGCUAUAGACAAAACCGACAUCAGCUACAGAUUCUACUUCACCAGACGCAUGGGAUACAAAUUUAGGAAUCAAUUUCUGAUGUAACUCAUUUAUGGAAAUUCGUGUGCAACCAUUACGAAUCUUUUUUUUUUAUUUAUAAAACAAUCAAAUUGAUUCAUCAAA